CUCUUAUCCACCAAUUAAACCGACCUAACCCUCGUAUUACACGCCCAUAUAAAAACCAAAUCAACUGUUCCAUCUUUUCCACAUCGCACAUCAAUUAUUCUUUCGCACCUUCGAAAAUCAAUUUUCUGUCUUCUCUGCGUCUUCUUCCUCUCUCAAUCGUUUUCCAUGGCUCGUACCAAGCAAACCGCUCGCAAAUCCACCGGUGGAAAGGCUCCUAGGAAGCAACUCGCCACCAAGGCUGCAAGGAAAUCUGCACCGACAACCGGUGGAGUCAAGAAGCCUCAUCGCUAUCGCCCUGGAACUGUUGCUCUUCGUGAGAUCCGAAAAUACCAAAAGAGCACAGAGCUUCUGAUCCGCAAGCUCCCCUUCCAGCGUCUUGUUCGUGAAAUUGCGCAAGACUUCAAGACCGAUUUGAGGUUCCAGAGUCACGCUGUUCUUGCGCUUCAGGAAGCUGCGGAGGCUUACUUGGUGGGUUUGUUUGAGGACACCAACUUGUGUGCGAUUCACGCCAAGAGGGUGACCAUCAUGCCAAAGGACAUUCAACUCGCACGCCGCAUCCGUGGAGAACGUGCUUAGGCUAAUAAUAAGAGUAAUAACGUAGUUGCUGCUGCUUUUUUUCGUUUUGCAAUACAUUUCUUGUUUUAGGGUUGUUUUUAGUGUUAUGUUCCGGUUUGUCUGUUAUGGGAUGUAUAGAAGAUAGAUAUAUCAAUCAACAACUUAGCAUUUGUAAUGAUCCUAAACUGAAAUAUUUGAAUAAUUAGAUUCACUUUGGCCAA